AGCACAGCCUUUUCCGCUAGUCCCCCCCACUCUAGCCUACAGUCUCGCUGCCCUGAGCCUCCCGUGCCGGCCGGCCGGCCGGGCGGACAGGCAGGCGCUCGGUGGGCGCGCAGGGGGCAGGGGGAGUUCCGGUUCCGGUUCUUUGUGCAGCUGCAGCGGCGGCUCCGGGGAAGAUGGCGGCCCGGGCAGGUUUCCAGUCAGUGGUUCCGAGCGGCGGCGCUGGAGCUUCAGGAGGGGCGGGUGCGGCGGCCGCCCUGGGCCCGGGCGGGACUCCGGGUCCCCCAGUGCGAAUGGGCCCGGCGCCGGGUCAAGGGCUCUACCGCUCCCCGAUGCCCGGAGCGGCCUAUCCGAGACCAGGUAUGCUGCCAGGCAGCCGAAUGACACCUCAGGGACCUUCCAUGGGACCCCCUGGCUAUGGGGGGAAUCCUUCAGUCCGACCUGGCCUGGCUCAGUCAGGGAUGGAUCAGUCCCGCAAAAGACCUGCACCUCAGCAGAUCCAGCAGGUCCAGCAGCAGGCAGUCCAAAAUCGAAACCACAAUGCAAAGAAAAAGAAGAUGGCUGACAAAAUUCUACCUCAAAGGAUUCGUGAACUGGUACCAGAAUCUCAGGCCUAUAUGGAUCUCUUGGCUUUUGAAAGGAAGCUGGACCAGACUAUCAUGAGGAAACGGCUAGAUAUUCAGGAGGCCUUGAAACGUCCCAUCAAGCAAAAACGGAAGCUGCGAAUUUUCAUUUCUAACACUUUCAAUCCGGCUAAGUCAGAUGCUGAGGAUGGGGAAGGGACAGUGGCUUCCUGGGAGCUUCGGGUAGAAGGACGGCUCCUGGAAGAUUCAGCCUUGUCCAAAUAUGAUGCCACCAAACAAAAGAGGAAAUUCUCUUCCUUUUUUAAGUCGUUGGUGAUUGAACUGGACAAAGACCUGUAUGGGCCAGACAACCAUCUGGUAGAAUGGCACAGGACCGCCACUACCCAGGAGACUGAUGGCUUCCAGGUGAAGCGGCCAGGAGACGUGAACGUACGGUGUACUGUCCUGCUGAUGCUGGAUUACCAGCCUCCCCAAUUUAAAUUGGACCCUCGGCUGGCUCGGCUCCUGGGCAUCCACACCCAGACCCGUCCAGUGAUCAUCCAAGCACUGUGGCAAUAUAUCAAGACACAUAAGCUCCAGGAUCCUCAUGAGCGGGAGUUUGUCAUCUGUGACAAGUACCUGCAGCAGAUCUUUGAAUCUCAACGUAUGAAGUUUUCAGAGAUCCCUCAACGGCUCCAUGCCUUGCUGAUGCCACCAGAACCCAUCAUCAUUAAUCAUGUCAUCAGUGUUGACCCUAAUGAUCAGAAAAAGACAGCUUGUUAUGACAUUGACGUGGAAGUGGAUGAUACCUUGAAGACCCAGAUGAAUUCUUUCCUGCUGUCCACUGCCAGCCAACAGGAGAUUGCUACUCUAGACAACAAGAUCCAUGAGACAAUAGAAACUAUCAAUCAGCUGAAGACCCAGCGGGAGUUCAUGCUGAGCUUUGCCAGAGACCCUCAGGGUUUCAUCAAUGACUGGCUUCAGUCCCAGUGCCGGGAUCUCAAGACCAUGACUGAUGUGGUGGGGAAUCCAGAGGAAGAGCGCCGAGCUGAAUUCUACUUCCAGCCUUGGGCCCAGGAGGCUGUGUGCCGAUACUUCUACUCCAAGGUGCAACAGAGACGACAAGAACUAGAGCAAGCCCUGGGAAUCCGAAAUACAUAGGACCUCACCCACAGCCCUGAAUUGGCUGCACCGAUUCUUUAUUUGGGCCCUGUGCUGCCUGCCUCGUAGCACCUGCCUUGGUCUUGGUUGGGGCCUUCCAGGGGAUGCUGUUGGUUCAAGGACAACACCAGAAUGAAGAGGGUCUCACAUUUCUGUCUUUUGAGAUGCCUGUUAUCCUCUUCUCCAUCCCAUCCCUUCCUACUCCCCAGCUUCCUUUUGCCCACAGAGUUCCCAUGUGCCUCUCCCCUCCCCUGGUCUACAUAGGACCUUUAGAUAGUGUUAGAGAGAGAACUUGUAGUGGUAAUCAGUGCUCUGAAUGGAUUGGGCCUAAGGCCAAGUGGUCUUCAAGGGGACCAACUACACUGAUCCUGCCCUUCAGAGACCCAAGAGUUGGGAGCUUUGGCUCCUUCUCUAAGACUCAGGCUUAGGGGCACUCUAUAAGCUAGUUGAUCUUUGCUCACCUGGUAACAGAAUCCAGUUUCCUUCCUUCCUUCCUUCCAUAGGUUCGGAGCAAACUCUCCUUUUGCUUACUGUCGUUUAGCACUAAAGGAACCUUGAGUCUUGGGCUCCAGUGAGCCCCAGGUCAGUUCCAGCCCUGUGGAUUGGCUGCUAUCUUAGUGCUUCUCUUACUCCCUAGUAGGGGGUCCACAUCAGUAUUGGAGUUUGUUCCAUAACCGUUGCUCCCACCCAGCAUAUUCCCCGUAGCUGCCCUUUUUAGCAUUCUGUCAUAUCUGCCCUAACUUGGGGUAUUUGGGUAGGGGAAUUUUGCCUUUCCUUUUCAGAGCCCCAGUGAUCUAAUCUAGGGUACCGCCAUUGCUAGCAGAGGCUGUUCCUGCUAUUGCUUGGAGGUAUGACUCAUUCAUUCACUCCACCCUGUCUGCCUGCACCCUCCCCAAAUCCCUUAAAAGAGAAACAGGCCUAAAAUCAAACGGGUAAAAGUCCUGGGCCAUCCCUGUCUUCCUGUCCCUUUUCUGCCCAGUUGACACCCAUUGGUGGCUUCUAGGGCACUGAGGAGUGAAAGCGCCUAGGGCUGGAGAAUAGCUCUGAGUUGGGUUUGUGACUCUUACCUAUCCCUGCCUCACAGGAUUGUGACUCCCUAGCCCUUGCCCUCAAAAGCUUCAAACCCCUCAGGUAGCAGCAGGACCUUGUGAUCUUGGCCCUUGGAGCUGAGAUGGUUUUGCAUCUUUAUAGGAGAGCCUCAGAUUCUUCCAGGUUGUAUCACCCCCAAGUUAGCAUAUUCCCAGGCUCGCAGACUUAACACAGCAGGGUGGGAGACAGCUGGGCACAGAGGGGGAAUUCCGUUCAGCAUGGGCUCUAAACCCACAGAACUGACAGCCUCUGCUUCCCCACCCCCUCCUCAGGCUCCUGCGAGCAUAUCCCUUAUCCUUGCCUGUUCCAUGCUGGGAACAGAAUUUUCUCAAUUUUCUCCCCAUUUUCCCUUCUGCCAUUAUCCUACCCCUCCUUUAAAAGGUUCUCCCCACAGUGGCACUGGACAGCUUGUCUUGGGGCAGCUGAGCCCUAGCCCAGCUCCUGGCUAGGAACCAUGAGAAGGAAGCUCGGCACCCCUAUGGUGUCCCUGUUGAAGAUAACUGGUUUUAUUAACUGAAUGAUUAUGUUUUUUUUCACGGACCAAAAUUUUUUUUGUACUGUGCCCUUAUUGAUGUCACCCAGUUUUAAUAAAAGAAUAUUCUGAA